GCUGCUCACAGUUACCCAGUCCGAUGGCUGGCCGAGCGAGAUUGUAGCAACGCAAAGAUUUGGUUGCGGAUUUUACCAAACGCUUGGGAGAUCUAGGAGACCACUUGAAGAGUCGGGGCCGAUGGUAGACGCAGUAGGUGGUGGUAGUACGGUGCGAACACGCCUCGCGCGCACCUGAAGACAAUGACGCACACAACACCUCGAUUGCUAUGGCUUCUCUCAUGAAAAAGGUGCUGAAGGGUGUGACGUCACGGUGGGAAGAGGGAAGCGGCAAAUCUCAUGUAAUCUCGCCACCUCCACCCAUGUGUCCCCCCUCCCCUGACCUGAGUGGCCUGACCCCUGACGAGAUUGCUAUUCUCAAAGAUGUUUUCCGACGGCAAGAAGAGUUUGAGCGACAGGAACACGUGAGGGUCAGGCAAAUCUCGGAUGACGUCGAGAAGUACGAGAAGACAGUUCAGAGACAAGCGAGUACGAAGGGUCCGAUUAAGCAUGUGGAUAUACGCCUGUGCCGCCUGUGCUACAAGACCAAGUUCGCUGAUGGUAUCGGGCGCCUGUGCUCGGACUGCCACAAGCGGGUGUGCAACACGUGCGGCACCUUCUCCCGCUCCAGGUGGGACCGUAAGAAGAACAGGAACGUCCGAGGACGAUGGCGGUGCAACAUGUGCUUGUUGAGGAGGGAGGCACUUUGCCGAACCGGAAGUUGGUACCAUGGGGAAAGCUUUCAGGAAGGUACAAAUGAUGACGUGAUCGAGAAACUCAAAACUUCUGUUUCCAUGGAAAUGGAAUCCGAUAAUUGCGACAAGAAAGAUGUGUAUAACAGUGAUGGAGAGAAGAUUCCCUCAGGAAAUAGAACAGAUCCCGAAUUGUACCGCUCCGGUGACACACCCGCCCAACAGGUCCAGUCUUCCGUUAGGAAACACCGCCGAAGGAGUCUUCCUGUUAGUCACGUGAUAAGACCAGAUGAAGACGAGGACGACGAUGAAGCAGACGAGAAUGGUCACCAUUGGUUGCACGAGAGACGGAUGUUACGUCAGAAGCGCCAGUUACGCAGGUUACGGAGACGAAACAUGCCUGACAGCAAAACAUCUGACGACCUAAACGAAGCGUUGACAUCCGACGGGUCCCGAGAAAACGAUGAAAAUUCUUACGAGGCACUCUCGGAUCCUGAUAGAAGUGAUAGAGCUCCUAGUGUCCGUAUUCGCAAACGUAGAGCGUCUAGAAUUAGCCUCAAAGACCGAAGCAAGUCUCAAUCUGCUACAUCUGCUGUCGAUUAUUCCUCGGAAUCCACCAGUGAUAUGUCUUAUGCAACGAAAGAAAGCAGUGUUUCAGAUGGAGCUUGUUCACCAACGCUUAUUAGUAAGAUCAAGCGGCAGAACGCUGUGUACUGCAGCAGCUCCUCCAGUGUGCUCUCCGAUACUAAGCAUUCCGAUUCUCAGGGUGGUCCGACAAGUCCCCUCCCCGUCAGGAACGUCCGGGAUCCCAUAUCACGGAGCCCGGUCCACGGGGCCAAGGAAAAGCACGUCACUCCCAGCAGAUUGGAGCUGCUGAACCGGCGCGUCACGUUACAGAAGUGUGAGCUGAUCAGUCCAUGUGACGAUGCCAGGGUGCGUCGACUUGGCACUCUGAAGAUGCUCAAACCCCAUGAGGUGAUUCUACAUCGAGACAAGGGUGAUCGAAGCCACAGAACUGGUGGUCUGGGCAUGCGUGUUGUAGGAGGAAAGGACUGCGACAAUGGAACCCUGGGAGCCUUCGUUGUCAUGAUAACCAAAGGAGGCCCCGCUGAUAUGCAAGGUCGAAUACGAAUCGGUGAUCAAAUUAUCGAGUGGAAUGGUGUCUCACUUACGAACGUCACGUUUGAAGAAACACGUGACAUAGUCAACCAAUCAGGGAACGUCGUCCAGCUCAAAGUCAUCCACAGGCAUAUAAAGAAAAGGUUGUCUGAAGACUCUGAAACCCCUAGGGUUGCUAGAAUAGAAUCUGAAGACUGGGGGCAGUGUUGUAACCUGGUCCCCUUCCUCCCCCCUGAUAGUCUUCCCUCGCGACCGAGACGACGAAUGCUGCCCAAAACACCGAUCGAGAUGAAGAAGGAGACACGGCGCAUCACAGGUCGCAUCCUGACACGCAUCAACUACCUUCCUUCAACAGAACGGCUGGAGAUUUCCAUACUAAGAGCUGAACAGUUGUCACUUCCAGAGAGCUCUCAACAGAGAGUGCCGAACCCUUUGGUGCUGGUCCAUAUGCUUCCCCAGAGAAGGCUGAUGCCGUUUAAAGAGACGGACGCGAAACAGAAUACGAGAAACCCGGAAUGGGACAAAACGUUCUACUUCCACAACAUUUCAGAAGAUCAGCUGUUGCAAAAGGCUAUAGAGAUCACGGUGUGGAGCCAGGCCGAGAAGGAAGACAUGUUCCUUGGGGAGAUCCUCCUUGACCUCAGUGACGCUGAGCUGGAGUACGAGGCUCUGUGGUACAAUCUGGAGGACCAUGAUGAGAACAGCUCCCCACUCCCAGAGCGGAAGCGGCCGCUGGAGAUACCCGACACUGUCCUCACAACGGCAGAUUCUAGGAAUGGGAAUAGUCCGAAUGCUUCUCCAAAUUGUCCUCGCAGGUCUCUUCCGGUGACCCCUAACGACCACCAGAUUCCAAGGUCGCCUUUCAAACGAUCUCCUAGUGCAGACCGCAAGAGUCCGUGCUUGAGUCCACCAAGAUCACCAACGAACCAAAGUGACAGCAGCUUCCAGUCGGGGCACAGAAACAGCUUCACCAGCAAGGUGAAGAGAAAGAUGUCCUGUGCCGUGUCCAAGGUGUCUUCCUCGCUGUCUGUCUCAGAGAAGAGAGACUCUGUUCUGUCUGACGAUACUAGCCCCGGGGAGAUGGGACGCAGUAGAAGUUUCGGAGAUGAUUCUCGGGACCCCAGUCCAAACAGACCACGCAGUAGAAAGACAUCGUCUUCCAAAUCAGUCAAUCUCGACUUACUAGCACCGCCCCGUCCACUGAGUCGAACCAAUAGCCAAUCCAGCUUUUAUGAGAACGAAACGGAGACGGAUGACGAUCCAUACGGUGACCUCCCUCUGACGCCAGAUCGGCCAGCCUCCGAUGGGGAUGACAUUACAUCGUCACUAGGUCCGGGCCAGGUGCCCCCCAAACCAUCUGCUGAACAUCUUGUCUGUGGGGAUAUUGGCCUUGGCUUUGCAGUGUCGAAAGGUCAGCUUGAAGUCAAUGUCAUUAGUGCCCGAAACAUGGUAAAGACAGAAAAUCCCGUUCCAACUGACACCUACGUGAAGACGUACCUUGUAGAAGGGAAGAAGAUCAUUCAGAAGAAGAAGACCCAGAUUGUGAAAGGAGGGGGUGAUCUAGUCUUCAAGAAGCAGAUCAAGUACUCGGCAUGUAAUGUGCAUGGCAGACACAUGAAGGUAAACGUCUGGGAAAGAAUAAAGGGGUUUGACAAGAAGAAAUCGUGCCUAGGGGAGACCGUCGUCAGACUGGACAGCCUUGACCUCAGCAGACACACCACGGGCUGGUACAAAAUGUUCACUAUGAACGCCACCGACCUGGGCUCCAGUGAGUCUCUGUAUCACUGGUGAAGGCAUACUGGCCUUGACCUUACACUCAACUCUAGGCAGGAUAUAUAGGCAGGCCAGUAAAAUGAUAUCAACCAGGGCACCGUAUUGCUAGGACGCGGAGGAUCAAUUGGUGUUUCGAGGUUCAACAUUGUUCAAGAUGUCCAGGGCGUCCCUGCGUCAGUAGUGAAGAUUGUUGAUGGGCCAUCUGAGUUGGUAUAACAAUAGCAAGAUGUCUUCAAUGAAUGACACGAACCAAGAUUCCAGGACGUCCCUGUGUCAAUGAGGAAGAGUUUCUGCUUAACUACCCAAUUUGUUUAAACAAGAACAUGACGUCCUUCAGUGAAUGAUAGUUCCAUGACGUCAGUGAUCAAGAUUUGUUGCUGGCCAACCUGAUUUGGUGUCACAAAAGAUUAUCAGUAAAUAAAAUGUGUUGCUAGGAUACCUGACUUGGUAUAUGAGAAUAACUUGAUGUCCUCGAUCAGUUCCACCGAUCAGUUCCUAAGUUCUGCCCACUGGUGAGGCACCGUCUCAGAUCUAGGGUGAACACUAAAUCUCAACCCUGUAUGAACUACGCAGAUGUUGGUUCCUGAACAGUCACUGUACCUCUGAGGAAGACGUGUGGGAAGACGUGUUGAAAGACUGUUUUAUAUUAAAACGAUGGCUCACUCUCCGUACCAGUCAGUGCCGCAGCUUUAGGCUAGCUAUGCCGUUGACAAAAGUCGUAACUUAGCAAGAGAAUCUUCAUUAAUUACUUGUUUUAUUGUGUAUACUUGAACGAGAAACUAUGAGCCAAGGGAGGAAACGUCAUCAUCCCUAUGCCAAUCUCUGCACUCUUCAGUGUAGGAGUUUGCAUGCUUUGCCAUGGUUCACUACAAGACUGAAUCGUCAUGUUUUACGGUACCUCGAAAGAGUUUCAUAUGAGGUGUUAGAAUCAGUUAUUUUAUACUUUACUAUCUUGUGAAGUCGCAAGUUGACCAUCCGAUUCACCCAAUAGCGAUACACAAGUAUUAUCUACGUUUCCUAAAGCAAUCGACUAUCUUAACGCCCAUACAUUAUAAAAGACUUGCGAUAUCCCUGAGCUAAGAUCGCUUUGUGGAACGGAUCCCUUUGCAGGGCAGUCAAUGUAACGGUAUUGGAACAUGGGAACGUCCGAAAGGUGGAUCUUCAUCUGUGACCGGGAAAGUUUAGUAUGUCUAGUGCUGGGCAGUCUCUUAAACCAAGUCUUCAAUGUCAAGGAUUUAAGGGUAGUCUGAAGAGGAUUUAGUCCCAACAUUGUCGGCUUCGCUGAUUAACCGCGCCCGAACAUGCAUGUGGCUCGUUUGCCAUGUGUAAAAGUGUUUUGGCCAUGUAAAAUGCCUUUUUCCAUAUGGUGCACAUGUAUACAAAGAACAUUAAGGAGUUCUUUUAGGAAGAACGUUAAUGGUAAAUCGGUGACAAGGCAUCUAAAUCCCGGUGAAAUAAAACAGCCUCCGUUUUUCCACAGAUUUGGGAACCUAUUUAUAAGGAAUAUCAAUGCCAAAGAAGCUGACCAGAGUCAGCCUUUAUGGUGUUAUAAGAAGUGUGUAUUAUACUUGAGUGUUUUGACGUCAUCCCUCAAGUAGGAUAUGACCGCAGGACGUUUUCGUAUGAAAUAUGCCCACGGAUCAGAGCAAAGACACCACAUCUGUCUUCCUUGGAUGUCCAACAAGUUAAUCAAAGAAAGAUGUGAGACUCAGGAACCUGGAUUGAAAGCAAUCUGUCGAUGUCAUUUACUUACUCUUGUUGGCCAUCCGUGGCAUUAUAUCCCGUUACUUGCUUGUCAUCGCAGAUUGAUAAUGCACACAUGUCAAGCCAAGGCUUUGCAACGUCUUUUACCAACAUAGUACACUUGCUGUAUACAACACAGAUGGACAAUGCACACAAAGACAUUAUCGGAACGGGUGUGUAUUUUUCUAGUUAGAAGGGAUAGUAGGUGGUAAAGCAUUCAUGUCAAGGACAAUAUAAGCUAAACGACUGUGUUACCAACAGCACAAAUUAGAAGCCACGCAGAUGGACAAAGCACCAACGGCUGUGCAUUAUCAACAUUUCAUAUUGUACUUAAAAUAGAUAGAAAUACACCCGUGUCAAAGACAACUGAAGCUUCACGACUGUGUAUUGCCAACAUAACGCAGAAUGACGGACAUAAAAGACGAUGCACACAAGGACGAAGGCUAAGCGGCUCUGGAUAUACUAGUACUUUUGACCUGCAGUGAUGGUUCAAGUUCUAGGUCCCAUAGCCCAGUGGUUCUAUUUCAGUAUUAUCAAUAAAGCACCGUAAUACUACUUGACAUUGCAGAUGCUCAGUUCACCAAGUUGGAACCUCCAAUCUUGCCUCUGUCAGCAGUGAUUCUGCCGUACCAAAUACUACAUGGUGCCAAUGUGUCAAUCUUCCAGUAUUAUCAAUGUUGCACCGAAAUACCACUGACAUUGCAUAGGGUACAUGUACCACGUUAAAGACUUUUAAGGGAUCAAAAUCUGGCCUAAUUCUGUGAUUCUGCCGAACCAACUACAAUAGGCCAAUGGUGCCAGUUUCAGGGCUCAGAUCUUGCCUUAGCUUCAGUAAUUCUGCCGUACCGAGUAUUUCAUGUAAUCGCUGCCAGUGUGGUCUAUCUUCCAGUAUUAACAUUACAUUUUGGCGCUACUACGGAAAACCUCAAAUGAACAUGGCUGAAUCGGCAACGUCUCACCACAACAUAACGUCUUGUACAACCCAUCCCAUCUGCACGUCUUGCCAAGGACCACUACUAGCGUGGUCAUCAAGAACUAUGAAACGCACUGGACACAAAUUGGCCAGCUUUGUUGCCGAUGGACAAUCCACUACUCCCACUGCAAGAGACCCACAAGUUGCUACAGGUUAUGGCACAAAAUGCAUAUGCAAUUGCAAGUCUGUCGUGACGCCAGUUCAACGGUCACCUUCGGCUCGGUGGACAAGAACAAAUGAAUGUUUCAGACGUGUGGAAAUGGCUGAUUACACAAUAGUUGCACAUAAUCCGUCUUAUCCUGGAAACCAAGGACACAAGCAGAUCGCAGAUCGGUCAAUAUCCUUUAUGCCAUCUUCUCAGUUUAGCAAGUCGUUAUUCCUGAUGUAUACUUCUUUCAAAUGAGGACUCUAGAAGACUGAUUGAGUCAAAGUAAGCAUUUCUUUGACAAGCAUUUCCGAAAUUGUGUGUUCGUAUAAAAAACGUAUUGUGUAUUAAUUACUAAAUUAAACGCAAUAUAUAUUUUAAUUCAUCCUUUGCAUCACCAUUUUCACCAAUCACCAUGCCAACCUCACUUGGCAAUUUUUGUUUUUUUUAUUAAGAACUCUCUAAGCAAACUUUUUUCAACAGUGUUUGGGUAGGUUUCAACUGGUCACGCACAAAUCCCGUUUCGGUAAUCGCAAUUUUGACAGCUGCGUCAUGUUUCCGACUUUAGAAAUCUAGGCGUUUGAACAUUUGAUUUUACUUGGCUGCUAUUUGAACUGGCUGCUAUUGUAAUGAUAUUGCCACUAGGCACGAGCUAUGUGAUAUUUUGUGAUCCGUGUGAGCCAUUAAAAGCGAGCGAUUUUAAAUGUCACCUUUAAUCAUGUUGCAAACUGCCUGUUACGACUCAAACCCUGGGGAAAUUGAUAGUUAACUAACUGCCACAUGAUCCGAAUCUAUUAGGAUGGAAACCAAUCAUCCCUAUUGGCGUCUGGAGUGUCAGAUAUUGCCGCUCGGUUCGCAUUUAUAAUGAAGCUAUUUUCUACGAAUCACAUUUGAUAGUAUCAUGUUUUUAAAUGCAGCCCCAUACGAAGAAAUAGAUGACAAAUCAAAGACCAAUCAAUCAAACACUUUGAUUUUUUUACUUUCAUUUAUCAUUGUUACGUUGCAAGGUACAUACUUAGAUUUUGAACAUGUGAGCUAUGCUGUGGGUUAUUUCAAAGGGAAAUCGUGUUUUGGUUGCAUCCUAGGGUAAACUUGUUCCGCAUGCAUUUUAUACUGAUGGAAUUAAAUAAGGGAACGUGUGUAAAAGGGAACAUUUGAUCAUCUCCCCGAGGCAAGCGUGUCCACUCGCCAUUAUCAAAGCCGAGUUUCUACCCUUGCCACAUCAAGGCCACUUUUCUUAGCUCGACCCUGGCGCCACCACGCGUAUAUCACGAGUUAUGCCCCUUGUAAUGAAAACGCGAUAUCCAAUCAGUCACUGUCCUUAUCAUGUAUGGCUUCACAACGAUGGCAACUACGACGAAUCAUUC